AUGGAGCCCAAGCGGACGGUUGCAUCACGACAGUUCGACCAUUCUUGCCGACGAUGCCCACCGGGUGUUUCACAGCAAGGGGACAACAGUCACGGAGACUUGUGCGUGAGUUAUGCUAUAGUGUUCAAAGACUUGCACAGUAUCUAUGGCACUCCCUCCUCCUCCUCCUCCUCCUCCUCCUCCUCCUCCUCCUCCUCCUACUCCUCCUCCUCCUCCUCCCCCUCCCGCACCUGGGCCCGGCGUCAAGACAGAGUCAAGAAGGCCAGAUGCGCGAAAGAGCCCAGGUGGAUGGCACAGACGAGCCCGCACCUUGGCUCUCCACUCCACACCCCUCGCACAGCAAAUGACCAGGAUUUUAACCAGUGA